UUUUCUUACGCGACCGAGAAUGUUGAUGUGUUCCUGCGAGAAAGUGGAUUUUAACAUAACUCCCCGCACCGUGGCUCGGCUCGUUUUCGAGGCCGAGCAAGAUAACAGAAACGGUGGAAACUCGUCCAAUGGGAGGUAGCUACUUCCAGGCACAGAUCUCUUUUUGUCUUCUCGAUAAGAUGUGCCCCUCCGAUAAUGCAAAUGCAAGUCUGAAGUCUGCCAAUGGGAGCUAGAGCGGUGGUGGUGGUGGAGUACUGAAGAAGAGAGAGAAAAAGUGACACCGGACAGUAAGUAAGAGUUGCAGAAGAGGAAGGGGUGAGGCCUGUAAGCGAAACACAGGAAAGGAACGAGAUAAAGACUUUAUUCACAGUCACACCGCCGACGUGCAAACUGGACUACUUGGAAAUGGAUUGCCUGAAUAACAGGAGAUGAAACUCUGAGCUUCAUCAGUCACUGCAGCAUCUUUUUUUUUUAGACUGUGAAGGAGGAGCACGGCUGAACUUGUGAACUGUUCUGCGGUCAACACUUCCUUAAGUUCACAGGAUAUCCAGAGAAUACAGAAUCGUCGUUAAUAACGAUUAGUGUUGCUUAACAACCUGAUUCUUAGCAACACGGGAUGAGGUGGUACUUGGAUGUAUAGACCAAACACUGACUCAAACAUCUCAGUCAGUCAUGCAACUCGAACGAUGCAACAAGUCCUUGUUGGUGCCGUUUAUUUGACUGAAAGAGAAAGCUAAGCCCUGGGACACUCUGAAGAUGACUAUGUCCUCUCCUGUUGGACCAGAUGGCAUCACACCGACUCAGCCCGUCCCUGUCCCAACACUGACUGUCCUGCCGCCAUCAUCAGAUACAGAGUCCUGGUCUCGCUCACCCAGCCCCAGACCGUCACGCUCCACCCGCCACGGUAGAUUCCACCGCUGCAGGACCCGAACCAAGAAACGAAACGAGGAAGAGCAAGGCUGCACCCCCAAGCGGCAAUGGGGUAAGAAAACGCAAAUUGCAACGGAGGAGACUGCGGAGAAGGGCGGAGUUCGACAUCGGAGUCCCUCGCCCUCCCCCUCUGUGGCCAGUCAGAUGGAGGGAGGGGGAGAGCAAGGUCAGGACAGCCCUUCGCAGGCCCACCUUCUGCCACCGUCUCGCUCCUGGUCUCGCAGUCCCUCUCCCAGCCGACGCUCCCGUUGGUCCCUCAAGAGCCUGCUCAGCAAAGACUAUGACUGGGAGAGCUGCAGUACGGCCAGUAACUCUCCACGCAGCACCCCCGGCAGCUCCCCCUCCCUGCGGCGCAGGGUUCUUGGGGGUGGCAGGGCCAGUGAGAGCGAGGGAGGAGGAGAGAAGAGUGGCAGUGGCGGCGGCGGUGGUGGUGGAGGCGGAGGAGGAGGUUCAGAUAGCCCCCUGCCCUCCAUACCGUCUGCCUCCUCCCUCACAUCUGCCUACCCACUCGCGUCUCGCCACUUCAGUCGCAAUGCCAAGAAAAUGCAGAGCUGGUACAACGUCCUCAGUCCUACAUACAAACAGCGGAAUGAGGAUUUUCGUAAACUCUUUAAGAAACUCCCUGACACAGAGCGACUCAUAGUGGACUACUCUUGUGCUCUCCAGAAGGACAUACUUCUUCAGGGCCGCCUUUAUUUGUCAGAGAAUUGGCUUUGUUUCUACAGUAACAUCUUCCGAUGGGAAACCACUAUCACUAUCCUGCUGAAAGACGUGACCUCUAUGACCAAGGAGAAGACUGCCAAGCUCAUCCCCAAUGCUAUCCAGAUCAGCACUGACAAUGAGAAGCACUUCUUCACAUCUUUCGGAGCAAGGGAUCGCAGCUUCAUGAUGAUUUUCCGUCUGUGGCAGAACGCACUGUUGGACAAGUCGCUCUCCCCCAAAGAGCUCUGGCACAUCGUACACCAGUGUUACGGCACUGAACUGGGCCUCACUAGUGAAGACGACGACUAUGUCUCUCCCACUGCCGAACACAUGAACGGCCUACUGCCAGGAGACGAGUCAGUGUCGGUCUCAGAUCUACUAGACCUGAGCUCAGUGUCGGUCCCCUCCACUGGAAGCUCUCCCCCGCCCCUGGUUCCCUGCGGUCUAGCCAGCCCUCCAUCGGCUACCAACCUCGGGGGCUCCUCUCCUCUUUCCUCUGCCUCCUGUCUGCCCAUGGAGGUGCCUUCCUCGUCUGGACGCAGGCUCAGCUCUGACCCCCUCGAACCCAGCCCGCCUAGCUCCCAUGGCUCGCUGCCGUCGACCACUCCCACCAACGCCUCCGCCUCUGCCCCGGCUUCUGCUGCUGCCUCCUUCAAUCUGGAAGAAGGUGGAGACAGUCUGUCCGAGUCAGCCAAUCACAUGAUGCCCCCGCCAACCUCCAGUCUGGGAAAUCUCUCCUCAUUGGAUAUCACCAACGAUGAGGAAUUGCCCACAGACCCCAGCAACUCCUCUGAUACCCAAGAAGAAAGUGAAGUGGAGUCGUUCUGCGCCGACCUGAGCGGGAGGCUACACAUCAACACCGCGGUCCGUAUGAGUGUAGACAAGCUGCACGACCUCCUCUUCUCCGCUGACACUAACUUCAUCCAGCACCUCUUCUCCCAGCGACACUUUACUGACCUGUCGGUGGGUGAAUGGCAGCAGGACAGCAGCAGUGGGAAUACCAGCCGCGUGCUUAGCUACACCAUCGCUCUGAAUAACCCCCUCGGCCCCAAAACUGCCCCUGUGGUGGAGACGCAGACGUUGCAUAAGAGCAGCGCCCGAGGCGAGUGCUACGUAGUGGACUCUGAAGUCAUCACCUCAGGCAUCCCUUACCAGGACUACUUCUACACCGUCCACAGAUACUGCCUCACCUCAAUCAACAAACACAAGAGCCGGCUCAGAGUUUCCUCAGACAUCUGCUACAGGAAGCAGCCGUGGAGCCUGGUGAAAGCAUUGAUUGAAAAGAACACCUGGAGCGGCAUCGAGGAGUAUUACAGGCACAUGGAGAGCGAGGUGUGCAAGCUGGAGACGCUGCUGCAGUCUGAGGUUUCCGUCGUAACCACAGGCGAGGCGGCGGGUGCAGACGCCGCCAAGACCCCACCGGCCCUGCGCCGCCGCAAACGCACCUGCUCUCGACGGCAGGGCGAGAAGGAAAGAGAGAGGGAGGGAGGAGGCAUGGGCGGCGGAGACCGAGGGGACAGAGGAGUCGGAGAGGACAGGGACAGGAGAGAAGCCAGUGCUCAGUAUAUAAAGCUGGGAGAGCGUUCGCGUGGCGGAGGACAAAACAGUAUAUCCACCAUCCUCCUCAUCGUCAGCUUCAUGAUCUGUAUCAGUCUGGUGGUGCUGGUGGCUCUCAACAUGCUGCUGUUCUACAAGCUGUACGCUCUGGAAAGAGCGGCCCAUACACUGGAGACAUGGCACUCCUAUUCUGUCGCUGACAGUCCUUUGCCCCAGACAGCCGGAGAGUGGGCUCAGGUCUUGCAGCUUCAGAGACAGUUUCACCAAGCUCAGCUCAGCAAGUGGCAACAGAUCCUGCAGUCCUCUGUCACGCUUCUUGACCAGAUGAAGCAGUCUUUAGAAAAGCUCCACCGGGGCAUCGUGGUCCCAGAGGUGCAGCAGGAUCCCCCCGAUGACACCCUCACAGAGUCCCUGACUGAGGCCUGAGCCUGAGCCUCUUCUGAUCAACACCUCCGCCCCCCUUUGACUGUGUCCCAUCUCUGAACACACCCUGGAAGAAAAAAACAGGGGCUGGUCGACAGGACACAGUUUCCUCAUUUUCCCCAAAAUCCACCACCAGGAUUGUGACAUGUAAAAGAGGGGGGGGCGGGACUACAUUACCCACAAUUCUUCCUCGCCUGACUGACUUGAAAUGGCGACGUUCGCCUUCAGCCUCAACCAGUAACAACUUGAGUGAACUCAUUCAGACUGGAAGCUAUCAGGACCACAGCAAUAAUUUUACCUACAGCUGCAAGUCAUCUGUAUGUACUGUAUGGAAACAGGCCCACUGGUGGGCCCGAUUCAGACCAUCAACUCCUCAAGAAAACAACAAAAACAUUUCAAAACGGCCAACUGCGUUUCAGAAUAACUUUAUUUCAGACCUCUGUCAUUUUCAGAACUGAUCCCCCCUCCACGUUUAAUGACUAUCACAGAGUUCAGUUCCUCUUCUGCAACGUUUCGUUAAGUGCAAUGAGAAGGGAUCAGUGAUUUCUGGGAAACUCUUCCUCCUAUUCCUGGGAACAGUUAGAUACCUUUUGCCUCUAGUUGAACGCCUGCUGAUACAAUUAAGGGGGAGACGAGGGGAGGGAGGGGGACACACCACCUGCUGUGUGGAUGUGACGAACAAAGACUCAGAAGGAGAGGGGGAGAGCGCUGACAGGAGCAGGACGCCUCUCUCUGAAUCUCUCUCUUUCCGUCAGGGGAUUUGUUCCACGUCCGAGUUGAGCCCCCUCUCAAAAGGGCCAUCGGCCCUCUGCGAAAGGAAAGAAGGAACAUUUCAACACCAGACACUUUAGUUUUCCCCCCUUUUUAUUUUUAGAUGUAAAUUAUACAUCUACGGAUAAAUCCCACUCCUCCCCAGUCCUGUCUGGGGUUUUUAUCUUUUCUCAAAUUCAAAAGUGUGUGUUGGUUUGUUUGUGUGAGGACAACAAGCUGCGUCUGACCGUUUCUCAGACUGUUACAGUAUUUAUUAUAACCAAUGACUUUUGAUUCUGAAGUCUUGUCCUGCUCUUAAGAAGUCAUUCGGUGGGUAUUUUUUUGUGCUCUGAUUUUUGCUGUUGCGGUGCGGACCAAGAGGAGCAACACGAGAAGGAUUACUGUCACAGCAAUAAUGACAAUAGUGGUUCUAGUACUUUUUGAAUGUUUCAAACAAAGUAGUAUAUAAUAAUAAUAAUAAUAAUGAUGAUGACACAAUUGUGCGUGAAUGUGUGUAGAGGCAGUGGAAAAAAAACAAGCAAGCGAUUCUGACUUGACGGAUGUGUGCGUGCGUGUUCACGAGGAGUCCUCGACGUUACAUUUUCAUAUUAGCGUUUUUUCUUUUUCUUUUUGGAGAUUUCACGUUUCAGUCGCUCGCUCUUUGUAUCACAGAGCCAGACCUUAACAGUUUAGGAUUUUAGCUUAGACUCGAUCAGGUGGAAACCCUAAAAUAUUAGAACAGCUACUACGUUUGUCCAACUGGGCCGGGCGUUUCAAAACAAAGAAAAGAAAAGGACCAACCAGAUUUUUUUUUUUUUUGUAGGUCCAGCUGAAGUAAAAAGGGAAUCUGUUUUGCAGUAUUGUUUUAUUUUUUUGUGUGUUUGUAAGAUUAAUUUGACUCACUUAUUUUCUCUUUUUAUUUUAUUUUUUUCUCAUUUUCUAUCUUUUAUUAUGUCGUCGUCUUUAUUUGUUGUUUAUUUUCCAGCCAGUCCACUCAGACCUGAUCAUGUAAAAAAAAAAAGAAAAAAUGUCUCGCCACUUGUUACUCCCUCCUUUGUUUUCUUCUUCUUCUCAUCACUCCACUCUUCCUCUCUUUCCUCUAUGUGCUCUUCCCCUUCACCCGCUCUCUCUCUCUCCCUGUUUCACUGAAAAAUGGCGGCUACCGAAGCAUGUGGGCCGUGCUGUGCAUGGCCGAAUCAGCGGAUAACAAAAAAAAAGGUGUAAUAUUUAUUUCGGGAGGGAGAGGGAGGGGGUUAGGGGUAGAGAGAGAGAGAGCCGGAUCAGGAACGGGGAUGAGAAUGUACUGUAAAGAUGUGAUUGUACACCACGCCAUGGAGAGAAAUGAAAAAGUUCUAAAAACAUG